UACGUGUUGGUGGCUACCAAUAUUUUCUGCUUUUUAAAAAAAAAAAAAAAAAUUAAUUCUCAGAAUUAAGCGCCUGAUCUCAAAUUUCUUAGCUGCGAUUUCUGUUACUGGAUUUCAGUUGUUUUUUUCUGUAGCUAAUGAUUAUAAUUUAAGCUUUUCUAAUCCGAUUAGAUUUGAGUCUUGAGCUUGCUAACGAAUUGAAAUAGGUAUGCAGAAGAAAAUUCAUGAAUAAAAUGCCCGGACUAGGCUUAUGAAGUAUAAUUGAGCAUCUUUCGGUAAGAUAUGUCGCUUGAUGGUUAGAUUUAUCCGUGUAAAUAUUAAAUGGUUGCUGGUCUAAGUGAGGGAGUGAAUGUAUAUAUAAGAUGCUGGUGGAUAUAUGUGCUUUGAAGGAACCUAUAGGAGGAAGAGUGAAGCUUUAAUGUCUAGUUACCUUUUGGGAUUUGUUCAUUUGGUGCAAGGGAUUACUUCAAAUGGAUAAUACGUUAUUCAGUGGUCAGAAGCUUGGAUAUUUGUCGAAGAGAAACACUUACAGGAGUAUGUAGUUAUGGGACGAAUUAAUUACCAAAAACCCUUACAAACUUGGAUGUAACAUGUCAAAAGAUAGGAGAAUAGUUUGAAAAGAUACAGUCAUCUUGUUUAAAUAAAGCUUUUUUGGUUCUGGGACGAGCUCAAUCAAGUAUGUGAUAUGCUCAUUUUCCUUUGUGGUGUCUUUGCUGAAUGUAUAACCAGACAAGUACCUGUAAUCCGCGUUGAUAUCUAUGUAUGGACCACUAAGAGCGGCACAUAAGAAUGCAAAUUGACCCCGAGGACAGGAAAACUAUGGUCUAUAGGAAUCUUAUUGCAUUAUUGAGGUGCCUGUUAAGAUUCUGAGAAAUUAGGGAUUUAUGACGUGUCCUUAUUCUGACGACUGAGGGAAUUAGGACCAUCCAAGGAAUAUUCCGGUCCUGUCAUUUGAGACUGUCAUGGCAAGGCGCAUUACACUGGGAGGACGCCUUUCCAUGACUUGGCUUUACUCAAAUCUUUCCGAUCCACAUUCUCUUAUUGUGUUCCUAGCUGUAGGGCAUCCACAGGGCCCUGAACUUGAAGUCUGCUCCCAGUAUGGUAAUGCAUCAAAGGUUAAAGCAUGACUUAUCAAAGAUAACCCAUGCAAUCCUGCAGGUGUUGAUCCUUGUAUAUAAACAUAGAACACUUGAUGGUACACUAUGUCGUGUGGUCUGAAAUGCGUGCGCCAGUGCAUAUAGAUACGGUAUAAGUUUAGCACCUGUGAAUAGAGUGUUGGAUAAGUUUUUAGGCGCUUGAAGAUGUUGAUGGUGAUAAACAAUGUGUCUGAUGGUGAGUAAUGGGAUGGCAGUCUAUGACUUGAAAGAGGAUUUGGAUCAAUUUAGUAAACCAGGAGCAGAAAUUUAAGGCUUCGUGUGUUUCAAUUAUUUGAAGUUGCUUCAUAGAUUUUACUGAGUAUACAAGUGCUCUGGUCAUUAAUUGAGGCGCCUGAAGGGAUUUUCUGAAACGACCUCAAUGGGGGCAGGGGAAGAGAGCACACCUCCUAAGCCUUCCAAACCAGCUUCUUCAACUCAGGAAAUACCCACAACACCGUAUCCUGAUUGGUCGAGCUCUAUGCAGGCUUAUUAUGGUCCUGGAGCUACUCCACCUCCAUUUUUUGCCUCAACUGUUGCAUCUCCAACACCCCACCCCUAUUUGUGGGGAAGCCAGCACCCUUUGAUCCAACCAUAUGGGACCCCAGUUCCAUACCCAGCUAUAUAUCCUCCAGGAGGAGUUUACGCUCAUCCUAAUAUGGCCACGAUCCCAAACGCAGUACAGACAAAUGCAGAGUUGGAAGGGAAAGGACCUGAUGGGAAGGACCGAGCUUCAGCUAAAAAACCCAAAGGAACUUCUGGCAAUUCAGGCAAGGCUGGAGAGAGUGUGAAGGCAACUUCAGGUUCGGGAAAUGAUGGUGCUUCACAAAGUGCUGAAAGUGGUACUGAGGGUUCAUCAGAUGGAAGUGAUGAGAAUAAUGACCAACAGGAUUUUGCUGCGAGUAAGAAGGGAAGCUUUCACCAGAUGCUGGCAGAUGGAGCCAAUGCACAAAAUAGCACUGCUGGGGGCAUUGUUCAAGGUUCAGUUCCUGGGAAGCCUGUGGUCUCCAUGCCUGCAACUAAUUUGAAUAUUGGAAUGGACUUAUGGAGCGCAUCCCCUGGUGGUGCUGGAGCUGCAAAAGUGAGACCAAAUCCAUCUGGUGCCUCAUCAGCACUUGCUCCUCAAACGAUGAUUGGAUGCGAAGGAGUAAUGCCUGAUCAGUGGGUACAGGAUGAACGUGAACUGAAAAGACAGAAGAGGAAGCAGUCUAAUAGGGAGUCAGCUCGGAGGUCAAGAUUACGAAAACAGGAGGAAUGUGAAAAACUACAGGUGAGGGUGGAAAACUUGAGCAAUGAGAAUCGCACCCUCAGAGACGAGAUGCAGAGGCUUUCUGAGGAAUGUGAAAAGCUUACAUCAGAAAACAGUUCCAUCAAGGAAGAAUUGACGCAUAUAUGUGGACCAGAUGCACUCGCUAACCUUGAACGAAACAUCACCGCAACAGUUGUUCAGUCUGAUGAUGGUGAUGACAACAGUUAGUAAACCUCCUAUGACAGAUGAUUUCGUAGUCAGAAAACAGAUUUUAAUUAAACUUCAGGAAGUAAUGACACUGGCUCUCAUUGAGCGUGGAACAUUUAUUCUUCUUACUAAUCUAUAGCCAUAACCUCUUGUAACUAUAACUUUUAUGAUUCUAAACUGAGUGGGUACGUUGAUGACUCCAUCUGUAGUGUAUUGGACUGUUGUGAAGAGAGUUUUAUCAUGUAGGAGAAUUCCACGGCAACUGUUUAGAUAUGGAGUGCAAUCGCAAUGGAUAUUGUAGAAAUUCACGUUUAAUUGCUCAUCAGCACUUGACUAUUUAAA